AUGAGUACGGGUGUACUCGGCUACAUACGAGGUGUGGAUUUCAGCCAUAAUGAUUUCUCGGUAAGUUUUUUUAAAAUUUUUUUUGAAAUUUAGGUAUAAAAUGAGGUUUAGAUCAACAAACUUAGAUUUUUUGUAUUUAAAAGCUGGGACAGAACAAAUGGCCAAAUAUUCUUAAAACAAUUUAAAAUACUAUUGAAUUAUACCUUUUAUAACGAGAAAUAAGUUAUUGCGGUUUUAAAACUGUUUUUGCACUGUUCGUUCUGCUUCUUAAUGAAAACUAUUGCACGAUGAAUUGUAGAGAUCUAAAUGCUGUUUUUUUUGGAUGGGAUGGAUCUAUUUUUAUAUAUCUUGACUGUAUUUCACUGUUUAUACCUAUAAAUAUUUUCAAACUUUUAAGAACUAUUAUUUUGGGUUCAAAAACCUACACGAUGCGACGUUUUUCUAAGAAACUUGUUGUAUCGUGCACUUUGUCGUUUUUUGUAAAAUACAGAGUAAAAUAAUUAUAAAAUAUAAUAUAUUUUAAGCUAUAAUGAAUAAAAAAACUCAAAAUCACGACAAUGUUUCUUCAGGGUGACCGCUUCCCUCAAGAAGUCUCUCAAAUGGCACAUGCGACAUGGCUCAAAUUGAAUGAUACGAAACUAGAACGAGUACCGGACGAACUGUCUGAUUUGAGUAAACUAGAGCAUUUGCAGAUGACGAGGAAUAGUCUACAGAAUAUUCAUGGUGAAUUGUCGGAUUUGCCUAAACUUAGAUCAGUUAUAUUUCGACGAAAUCAGGUAAAACAACACUUUUGGCUAAUAAAUCGAGCUUAUUUGCUAUUUUUCAAUGUUUAGAUAAUAGCAUAUGCUAUUUUGAGUAAUACUGGCUAAGAAACAUCAAUUUGAGCUUAUUAAAUACUAUAAUAUAUGUCAGGUAGUCUCUAAAAUGACGUUACUUACGAUAUUUUAGAUAAAAACCUCUGGGAUCCCAACAGAUAUCUUUCGUAUGAAGGACCUGACUGUCAUCGACUUUAGUCAUAACUCGUUACGAGAUGUGCCAAGCAAUGUUGAGUACGCCAAAUGUGCAAUUGUUUUGAAUUUGAGUCAUAAUAACUUGGAGAGUAUUCCUAAUAUGGUCAGUUUAAAUUUUUUUUAAUUUUUGAAAUUUAGGCAAAAGUAUUGGUUGAUCGGAAAAGAAUGGCGUUUUUCGGAGCUAUUUUUAAUUUAAAUGUCAUUCUUUGUGCUUCAAGCUAAGAAAGUUUGAUUUCUAAAUGCGCCAUUGUUUUUGCAUCAAAGGAAUUUCAGGGGUUGGGCAUGAAAACACGCCAUUAUUUAUGAAACAGCAAUAAAUAUGGGCUAAUAAUGACAUUUUUAGGUAUUCAAUAACCUUAUAGACUUGAUAUUUUUGGAUUUAUCACAUAAUAAGAUUGAUAAUUUGCCAGCUCAACUGAAACGACUUGUAAAUUUACAAAUUUUAAAACUUUCAUUCAAUCCCCUCAAGAGUUUUCAACUUCCCACCAUGACGUAAGUUAAAAAUUUAUAAAAACAUUGGUUGGCAGUUUAAAAACUAGAAAAAUAAGACCUUUUAGGUUCAAAAUAUAGAAAAAAUGGCAGAAAAACGAAAAAUUGGUUUAAAACUGAGUUUAAGCUUUUUUGCCUAAACAAUCAUUAUUUCACCACUCUUUUUUGAUUUUAUAACGCGAAUUCAGCAUGCAAAACCUACGAGUACUACAUCUUCGGAACACCAAUAGAUCUCCAGCUAAUUUUCCAUUGUCUUUCUCUGGAAUGGAGAACAUUCAAGAGCUGGAUUUGGCCGAAAAUGCACUGGAAAAGCUGCCUGAUAGCGUGUUUGAGCUCAAAAAACUUCGCAAAUUGGACGUUAGGCAUAAUAAGGUCAGUGUUGACCUUUCAUGUUUUAAACCAUUGUUUUUGUUAACUAAAUUUUAAAAUUUGAAUCAUUUUAUAUUACUUUAGUUGACAGAAAUUGACAUACCAGAUGAUGCAUUGGAAGAGCUGGAAACAGUCAAUUUUAGUGAUAACGAACUGACAGCAUUACCGGAAGGCAUUGUUAAAUGCACGAGAAUGAGAAGAAUCUAUGCAAAUUUUAAUAAAAUAACUUUUGAAGGUAAAGUACAAGUUUAUUUGUCAUAUUUUGUAUUUUUUUACCAAGAUUUGAAAGUUCAAAAUUUUUAAAACUUUUUACUAUAUAAACGACAAAGCAAUAUUACAGGUAUGCCCAGAGGAAUUGGAAAGCUAUUACAACUCCAAAUUUUGUACUUGUCUCACAAUCAUCUUCAACUGAUACCUGAAGGCGUGUCAAGAUGUGUAAAGUUACAGAGAAUUAAGCUAGACAGUAAUGGCCUUCGACAAAUCCCUGACGGACUUUAUUUGUUACCUGAUCUGAAAGAAUUGGACUUGACAAAGUUAGUUUUAUUAAUAAUUUGUUUCCAAAUACGUUGUUUUCAAAGAUAUGGCAAAAUAUGCGCGGUGCAAGCUAUUCAAGCCGGGUAAAACAGGGAUUGCACUGUGCAGAACUCUUCUGGCCUGAAAAUUUGUAAUUACAUUAGUUAUUUGAACAACAAUAAUGUUGUAGACACUAUUGUACUCCUAGAUUAAUAUACUUUCAUUUUCAUAAUUUUCCCGACUUUGCACUGCACUGUGAAAUUUCAAUUUAUUUCAAAAUCUGCACCGUGCAGUCUGUUAAAAAAUGAAAACAUUAUAAAAACACAAAAAGAAGCCUAAUUUGUGAUAAUAAUAAUAAUAUAUAUUCAACGACCACACUUUAUGAAUUUUACGACCCGAACGCCCAUUAAAUUGGGGUAAAUUUGAAAUCCAAUUUAUAUUCACCAUGACGGGAGAAGACUUCUUUGUAAAACACGAAAGGACGUUUACUUAUGGGAAUGUUUAAAUUUAUAUUGUCAAAAAGAGGCAGUAGAAUUAGUUAUAUUGUUUGAAUUGUCAAAUUUUACGUUUUAGUUGCGUCAUGAUGACAGGUUUUUUGGAAAUUCUAGAAAACAUGUCCGCCUAACUUUUCUCGAAAUUUUUUUUCUGGUGUUGUUGCUUGAAAUUAUAGUAAAAGAUGUUAUUUCUGUGUAAUGUAACACAUGUAGAGUUGGCAAAAAAGAGGUAACAUUUUAUAUUUUUAGUUUUUAAGUCGAUUUUAACAAAAUUUUACGGAAAAUCAGCCAAACUUGGAAGAAAACUCCCACUUUUUCUCGGUUUUGGAAUAAUUUUUGCUAAUAUUUUUGUUUCAGCAACCCUGGAAUUGUAAUGCCACCGAAACCGAACGACAGAGCUAAAGCGUUGGCCUUCUACAACAUUGACUUUUCACUUUCACAUCGAGUAAGUUUCGAGUUUUGGUUUAUUUUUGUUGUUUUAGAUGGAAAUGAGGGGUGCAGAGGUAAAAUUGAAUUGCAACUUUAAAAAAUAACUUUUUUAAUAGAUCUUGUUGAUUUUUAGAGCUUUUUAGGUUUAAAAAUGGCAGUAUUGAGAUGGUUUUAUUAGUUUUUUAAAGUUUUUUGAUUUUUGUUACCUAAAAUUUGAAAUUUGUUUUUUUGAGUAAAUUUUGAAGAUUUUGAUAACUUUUUGAUGGAAAAUUAAAAUUAGAGGAAUGUUUUGGCUUAAAAGUAUAUGGCAGCUUCAAGAUGGUGUUUUAAAUUUUGAAAAAUGUGAAAAUUAUUUUAGUUAUUAUUUUUAUAUAAAAAUCAACAUUUUAAGAAACUUUGCGUAAAAUACGAACUGAAUUAUUGAUGUUCAUUUAAGGAUUAAUAAAUUACUUAUUAUAGAUGCCUAACCAGACCACCAACUCCUCGAACUCGUCAGUAGAUCAAGGUAGACGUGAUGCCAUCCAACGAAAGAAAGACUUUAUCAAGCGACGUCGACACCAAGCAGAUGAAGAUGGCGCCUCUAAAGUCAUAGCAGCAAUGUCAAAGAUGGCCGAACACAAGGAGGAAGAUCAGCCUUCCGAUUCGGGUGAUAAUCAACUUAAAGCGCCACCUAGUUGGCGCGAACGAAUGGCCAAUCAUCAACGAAAACUUGACGUUUCACAUCUGUUCGAGAACGAUGUGGGACAGUACGCUGGGAUGUGGAUCUGGGACAUUGAGAACUUUUACCCCUCUCCAAUCGACCCUCACUGCUAUGGCCAGUUCUUCGAAAGCGACUCGUAUAUUGUGUUAAAAACGAACGAAGACGAGAACGGCCAUCUUACCCAUCAGAUCUACUACUGGAUUGGCGACAAGGCUAGCCUGGACAAAGGAAUGUGCGCUGCUGUUCAUGCUGUCAACUUGAGGAAUCAUUUGGGCAGUGAUUCGAGUACGCAUAGAGAAGAUAUGAACGAUGAAAGCGAUGAGUUUAUGGACCUGUUCAAUGAUGAAGUUACCUAUGUGACUGGUGGCAGGACACAGAGCGGGUUCUAUACGGUUGUUAAGCCGAAGUUCGUUACGAGGUAGGAAGUUAGCAUAAGAAAAUGAGUGGAUAUUAGCAAUAAAAUACUGAGUUAGCAUUUUUUAUUUUGCACGGUGCAGUCAUAGGUACCUGUACGCAAAAAAUCCUGUGCACCAAAAUGGGUUUCUAUCCACCUCCCCCCCCAGAAAAAAUCCGUAGCGACGCUCCUGAAAACAUGUGUUCUGUGUUUUAACUAAUUUUUGCCAUUUUAGGCUUUAUCGAGGCUCAGUAGAAGGCCAGAAGGUAAAUAUGGAGCCAGUGCCAACAGCAUACGACUCUCUGGAUCCUAGAUUUGUAUUCCUGUUGCAUACAGAGCAGACUAUUUGGAUUUGGCGGGGUAUUAAAGCAAGUGUAAGUUAAUUUAAUUUUUAAGUUAAAAACAGUUUUGAAAUUUAUAGAAUAAAAAAUUUUUAGUAAGUCUAAAAUCACGUUUUUAACCAAAAAAUUGUUGUAGAACACAACAGCGAGCAAGAUUCGACUAUUCGCGAGUAAAUUGAACAAAAGAGAUCGAAAAGAUAGGGCGCAGAUCGAGGAAUGUAUCCAAGCCAAGACUCCGCCCGAAUUCUGGAUGGAUUUGAUAGGACAACCGAAACGACCGCGAGAACCUAUCAUCGAACAUGUUCCGAACGACUUCAAGCCACCAACGGCGAUUUUAUACAUGGUGAAGAUGGGCAUGGGAUCGAUGGAGCUACCUCAAGUCGAGUUGAAUGGAAACAAGUUGAACAAGGAUGUUCUGAAGACUGAUAAGGUAGGGUUUUGAUUUUUUAAAUUUGUCAUUUUAGUUAAAAGUGGAAAAUAAGGUAAGAACUUUGUUUACAAAGCUCAAAGUUGCAAUGCUUUCUUUACAAGACAAUAAAUGGCAAGAAUUUUGUUUACACAACAUAUAAUGGCACAAACUUUGUUUACAAAACCUAAAGUUGCAAUAAUUUUCUUUACAGGACAAAAAAGGAAUUUUGUUAACAAAACAUAAAAUUGCAAGAACUUUCUUUACACAGCAAAUAAUGGCAAUAAAACAUGUAAAAAGUUGAAUUUAGAUAAUAAAAACGAUUUGUAGGUAUUCAUUUUGGACUGCACAUCCGACCUCUUUCUAUGGAUGGGCAAAAAAGCGAAUCGUCUACUAAAGUUGGCAGGCCAAAAGAUUGCCACUGAGCUGGAAACCAUGAUCCAACGCCCCGAGUAUACCGUGUUAUGCCGAGAAAACGAAGGCGAAGAGUCGACAUGGUUCAGACAAAAGUUUGGCGGAUGGGACGAUGUCAUCCGAGUGGAUUACACCAUGACAGCAGACACAGUACAACGCCGUGGAGCUGAUAUUAAAGUAAUCAUGGAGAAGGACAAGAUGAAAGUGGAGACAGAAGCCUUGUUCACGGACAGGCUACCCGGAAUGUCACAUGAAGAAAGUGAAAUCUUGAUGGAGGAGUGUAAUGCCGACUUGGAAGUCAUUGAAAGCUUUGUUUUGGUAAGGAAUUUUAAAAUUUUGAAAAAUUUACUUUUUGAUUAAAUGUAUCUAAAAGGUGCAGUUGUUAAUAUUGAAAUUAUAAAAACUAGCAAGAAUUAUAUAAAAACUAAUUUCAGGAAGGCAAAAAGUUUGUUCGACUACCCAAAAACGAGUUUGGCACGUUCUGCACGAAAGACUGCUACGUCUUCCUAUGUCGCUACUACGUAACCAACGACGACAGCGACUACUCGGACGAGGAAUCGGGCUCAGCAACCGAAAGUGGCAGCAACAUCGAGCAGAAGAAGAACGACGACCAACCAGACGACUUCAAGUGUGUCGUCUACUUUUGGCAAGGUCGCGACGCCGGCAACAUGGGAUGGCUCCACUUCACCUUCACGCUCCAGAAAAAGUUUGAAAGUUUGUUCAAAGACAAGCUGGAGGUGGUGCGGAUGUAUCAACAACAAGAAAACCACAAGUUUUUGUCCCAUUUCAAUCAAAAAUUGACAAUAAAACGAGGCUCUAGAGCCGAGAAGAUUAAAAAUCCAAAGCCAAAAGCGCCAGAACUGUACCAGAUGAGAGCCAACGGAAGCUCGGUCAAUACCAGAACGAUUCAAAUCGAAACCUCGGCGAAGAACUUGAAUUCAGCGUUCGGUUACAUAUUGUUGGUACCUAAUGAUAAGGAGGUGGUGAAGAAGGAGAAGGUCGAGCAAAAAGAAGAAAUUGGUAAGUUGUUUUAGUUUUUAUAGAGGAUUUGGCGAGUGUAUAAAUUUUUAAAUGGUUGUUCAGUGAUUGUGAUAAAAGCUAGUGAUGUGUAAUUUUUUUAAUUUUUGCACGGUGCAAUUGAUUAAAAAUAAAAAAUAAAUUUUUAGAAGAUGUAGAAGACGAAGAAGAGUACGAAGAGGAAGAUGAAGAACCGGGUGUAAAAUACGGCGAUAUUUAUAUUUGGUUUGGAGAAAAGUCGGACAGUUACUAUCACAAUACCUUGCGGUCAAUAGCAAAUGACAUUCUGAAUGCGGAAAAAGAGUACGACGUGUAUGAGAUUCAAGAAGACGAAGAACCGGUCGAGUUCUGGAAGGCUCUGGGAGGGAAGAAGAAGUACUCGAGGGAUGCCGACUUUAUGAACUACACCAGACUGUUCAGAUGCACAAAUGAGAAGGGACACUUUUGUGUUAGCGAAAAAACGGUCGAUUUUUGUCAGGUAGGCGGUUUUUAUUAGGCUGUUUUAUAGAUUUUUUGUUAUUUUAAAAUUUUGAAAAUUUCAAAAAUUUUGAAAAUUUUAAUUUUUUAAAAUAAAACUUUAAAAUUUUUGAUUUUUAAACAUUUUUACGAAUUUUAGUCUUUUUAAUGACAGUUUCAUUUGCUAACAAUCUUUUAAAUUAAACUCUUAUUUUCAGGAUGAUCUCGACAACGACGAUGUAAUGAUAGUCGACAGCGGCAAGUACGUCUUAAUGUGGUGCGGAACAACGGCCAGCGAAGUUGAGUGCAAACUGGCCUAUCAGGCCGCGAACGCCUAUGUGAACAACUUGAAAAUGAAGGGACAAGAGCGACAACUAAUGUUAUCAGUGAAAGGAAUGGAAUCCAAAAGAUUCCGCGAACUCUUCCACGGCUGGAACCACCACAAAGACUUUGCCGCCAGCGUUUUCGAUGCCAAGUAUCGAUGA